UUGUCAUGCUUUAUAGCUAUCCAAGUCGAAACUUUAGCAUGUUAUUAUUUCUUUCCUGAGUUAAUUGAUGCUUGCAUGAAACUUGUUGGGUGAUUUUAUGGCCUUUGAGAAUAUUUGAAUGUUGUCAGGUUGAGGAUAAGUAUGUGGAUGUUACAUUGAUUCUGAUUUGAAAUUGGUUGAAAAGCUGCUUUUAGAUGCUUUUUCUUGCCGGACAUAAUUUUACAAACUUCACUUAGAGUUCACUGGAUACGGGGAAUUGAUUCUUAGGUACCUUUAUAAGUCUUUCAUCUUUAAGUUCUGUUUGUGAAACAUAAAAGACAUUAAUUUCAAAAUAUGCAAAUAUCUUCCAUCCUUAAGAGAUUCCUACAAAAAGACAAAAACCACAACUAAGAAGACAUCUAAACUUUGCUGUUGCUGUCUUCACCUGAAGGCUCGGCGAGAUCAACAUCUCUGCCAUUGUUGCCCAUGCCUUUUAUACUCCCAAAAUUGCUCCAACUCUUGCUAGGAUUGUGUCCUUUAAUAAGAUUAGUUUUUACAUGUUCAGGCAACCUCAAAGUGAACCUAUCUUCUACAUUAAUACUUACCGAAUGCCCUGUUGAAUUUGACCUAGAAAGCUUCUCUAUCUUACUACAUUGUUGAGAGUCAUUGUGUUCUCCUUGUUUGUCACUCCCAGAAAGGGCAACCCGUUGCCCCUUCUCAUCCACCCUCGUUCUAUCCUCCUCAUCGUGAUCCCUAAUUGUGAUGCUGACUUCCUCGUUGUCAUUGUUGUUGUUGCCCUGGUUAUGAUUGAUUUCUUGCACCGUUCUUGAGGGUGAUUUUGUAGGCGACUCCCCUGUGCAGUCGAGCUUCCUCCGGCAGACAGGGCAUGUGUUGUGAGUCUCCAACCAGAGGUCAACACAUUGUUGAUGGAAAACAUGGUAACAUGUUGUCAGGAGCCGGAGGACAUCGCUCUCGUCGAACUCAACCAGGCAGAUGGCGCACUCAAGGCCAUAUUUCUCCUUCCAGUAAUCCUUGAUGCUCGAGUAGACGAAUGUCGGGAAGGAUUCUACUAUUUUUGGGUCAAGCCCUCUUCUCCCUGCCACUGCAGCCUGCGUGGGCCGGCGAGGCCGGAUAUGGAAACUGAUAAGGGCAUUGUCCAGGAGACAUCGACAAUAGUAUAUGGAGAAGAAUCCCACGCAGAAAAGUAGGAGGAGGAUGAUCGUGAGGAUGAUGGCUAGCGGUGGGUAUGUAAAUUGCGGCGGCCCUAUUCUUGGCGUCACCGGCGGCAGCGGAGAAGAUUGGGUGGAUCUGUCUGACAUUGCAGUCCCUGAAGAAGCUCAAACUUAAAAAUAUGGAGUCUCUCCCAUUCCGAACCGGCUCCGGUUCGAUUCCGGUCCAGACGCCAUCGUCGCCCCCGGUUCGCCGCUCCUCCUUCUCGUUCCAAGAUCCGACCGCCGCCGCCGAGAGGAGCGGCGCCUCCUUCCCAAGGAUCCUUUCCCAGAUGUCUCGGCGGAGCAUCCGGCGGACCUCGUCGGAGCCCGAUCUCAUCCACACCUCGGCGCGGCGGAGCAGCAUCGGCGGCGCUACCCUGGGAUCACGAUCCUUCACGGUGCCGCGCGUAAUCGAAGACGAAGACGAAGACGCCGCCGCCGCCGCCGCCGGAGGAACGAACAACAACAACAACCACCGCCAGCAAGGAAAUCGAAGCGGCGGCGGCGGCGGCGGCGGAGAUGAUCGGCGGAGUCUAGGCGAGUACUACCGGAAAAUGGUGAGGGCGGAUCCGACGAACUGUCUGUUGCUGAGAAACUACGGACAGUACCUUGAGGAGGUGGAGAAGGACGCGGCCAUGGCGGCGGAGUUUUAUGAGAGGGCGAUCUUGUCGGGGCCCCCCGACGGUGACCUUCUCUGUCUCUACGCCAAGCUGACGUGGCAGACCCUGAGGGACCGGACCCGAGCCUCCUUUUACUUCAAUCAGGCCCUCCAAGCCUCCCCUAACGACAGUACAAUAUUGGGAUCGUAUGCACAUUUCAUGUGGGAAGCUGAAGAAGAUGACGAAGAAGAAGAGAAAGAAGAUGUUGUAGCCAUUCCAGCAAUGGUACAAGCUUUUUAACACUCAUUUCCUGUAUAUAUACAUAACACGAACAUAUAUGCUUUUGUAAGUUUUGGUAAAAUAAUUAUUAAAUAUAAUACUCUAUUUUGUGUAUUUACUGGAAAUAA